AUGGCUAAGAAUAGCAUGAAGAGUUUGAAGUUCUACUUAGAUCCAUGCUGUCCAAGAUCAUUUAGGUUUUUCAAGAGGAUGGAAAUGCAUUUAACUCCUUCAGUUGUAGUGCCUGUUAGCAAUUUCAAAAUAUCCUUCAUGAAGAAAAUAAUUGAGAGUUCUAAAGAGGCAGUGGAGCAAGAUUUAAAGAAAGAUUUCCAAGAAAUGUUUGUUGCUCACGCUUCAGAAGGCUGUGACGCUGCUCAUGUAGAGAUAUAUAAAACCUACUUGGAGCAUCGUUCUUUGUUCCCUCAUAAUUAUAUCACCGCAAUCAAAGAACAUUUCCCGAGUCUCCUCAUUAAAAAUUUUUCUAUUCUUGGACAUCGUUUAUACAAUGAGAAUCUACCGGUACAUCGAGGAUGUUAUUUAUCUACUUGUGCUAGACUUGGAGGACUAGAACUUCGGGAAUCGGAAUACAUCAUAUCACGGUUAACUCAUCGUUCAUAUAGGAAAACUGUUGAUAAAAUAGCCAUGGAUUGUGCUAAACGUGGUAUGCCUAUGGCUCCGUAUGUAGAAUUGAUUACUAAUGAGGAUGAGGAAAAUUCAAAGAUUCUAACAGAUAUGAAUGAAGAGGAAAUAAGCAGUUAUCUUAUCAAGUGA